CAGCUUCACCAAUUUCCCAUUUUUCAGUCAGAAAAUGGCUUGCUGGUCUGCUGAAAAUGCCACCAAUGCCUAUCUCAGAACCAUGAAAAUGGGAAAGAGUGCUAAAGAGCCAAAUGCAGCAGAGUUCAUCUCAGCCAUGGCAGCAGGGAACAAUGCUCAGCUCAUGGUGGUUGCCUGCAGUGGAGCCGCAGACUCCACCGCCCUCGCCCUCCUCGCUGCAGCGCAGCAGACGGGAGGGCGCCUCGUCUGCAUUGUCCGAGGGCGGGACGAGCUCCAGGCCUCCACAGCCGCUCUCGGCCCCAAUGCAGGCAGCAUUGAGUUCGUGGCAGGGGACGCCAAGGCGCUCCUGCCCGGCUACUGCAAGGACUCGGACUUCAUCGCCAUCGACUGCAACCUCGAGAGCCACGAGGAGAUCAUAGGAGCCGCUGUUCGAGAGGCGCACGGGAACACCAUCGUGCUCGGGUACAACGCCUUCUGCAGGGAGACGUGGCGCAGCAGCCCCUCGCGCACGCAGCUGCUGCCCAUCGGGGAGGGGCUGCUGCUCACGAGAGUGGCGGCGCCGGCUGCUGUAAAGAGGGGUAAGAGCAACUGGAUUGUGAAGGUGGAUCAGUGCACCGGUGAAGAGCAUGUGUUCAGGGUCAGAUCCUCUGUGGGGAGAUCCAUCAGAGCUUGA